UCACAUCUGUUGGUGGAGAAGCAAGAAUCUGUUACCCACUUUGAGCCUCACAAUGGGGACACUACUGCUACUGCUUUAUGGUUUUCUUGGCCAUUUCUUUGCUGCAAACUGUUUUGUGGAAUAUGAGGAUGCCAUGUAUCCUGACGAUUAUGAAGUAUUUCUUGAAAACGAUGGACUUUUUCCUUUUGAGACCGAGUUUGAUUUCCCUCCAUUUGACACCAUUUUCAGCUCGUGGCAAACCUUGAUCCCUGACAUCCGCAGGCUUGCUGAAUUUCCUCCCAUCAUGAAUGUUCCAAGAGUCCAGGUGUCUUGUGAUGAAUCUAAGCUAACCCUGUUGGUUGAUAAGAAAUCCUUCGGCCGCAUGCUGACCAAAGAGGAACUACUGCUGGGUGAUGAUUGCUACAGCAACAAAGAACUACCUAACCAAUUUGUCUUUGUUUAUGACUUUGAUCAAUGUGGAACUACAUCUACACCUCACAAUGGCCUGCAGGCAUUCACCAACUCGCUCCAUGUGAAUCUUAAGAAAAGCCUUCCCACCCUGUCGCAGACACCCCCUGCUGUUCAUGUCUUUUGCAUUCCCAAAAGGUCAGCUGAGACUCUAAACUUCAAUCCUCAUGAAACUACUGGGAGCUUCAGUAUUCAAGCUAUGAAUCCAUCUUGGACUGACACAGCUGAAACUAAUCUCUAUACAAGAGGCCAGAUGGUUAACCUCCAGGUUUCAGCCAAAACCAGGCCAGAUCAGCAGCUUUUCAUCCAGUCCUGUUUUGUUUCUGCAUCCCCUGAGCCUCAGACAAGACCCAGGCAUGCAGUUGUAUUAAACAAAGGGUGUUCAUCGUCAUUGGGAUCUCCAAAUACUGUUACGCGGUUUGCAGCUUCCAGCAGUGCACAUGUGGUUAACUUGAUGUUGAAUACAUCCUAUCUCACUUCUGAGCUGUAUGUCCACUGUAGUGUGUUCAUCUCUGACAAGGGUGUAACCUCAGGCUCCAAAUUAUGCAACUACAAUGCGAUCCAGUCAAGGUGGGAAGAGCUGAGUGGUGCCAUGGAGGUUUGUGACUGCUGCAGCUCAAAGUGUAGAGGUGCACUGGCAAAGUACCUACCUGAGGGUACCAAGGCUGUAAUCAGUCUUGGCCCCUUGGAGGUUGUGGAUGGUGAUGCAGGUCCUGCAAUUUUGGACCCUACACAAACUCCCCACACUACUUCAUACAACUCUAUGCAGUCUGAUCCUGCUGAAGACCACAUGGUAUCUGGUACUUCUGUAUUUACAAGUGAUCUUGUGUCCUCGCCAGACGGGGUCAUUGUUGUAAGUCAGGACCCAUCUGCCAGGCUAACACUCUGGCUACCUGGACAUGUGGUCACAAAUUAUGACACCACUCUUACUUCACACCCUGAAAAAGAAUUCUCAGAUCAGAUGAAACAAAGUGAUGGUCCAGGUCAUCAUGAUCAUCAGCCUGCAAGCACAGAUGGAGCUGGUUUGAAUUCACCCACAAAUAAGGUUGACAGUAACUUGUCAGAUGAAUAUAAAGACGACUCCUUGUGGGAAACCCAUUUACCUCCAGUGGCUGGAUGGCUGGCUUCUGCACAACCUCAAAAUGCAUUUUCAACAGAGGAAUUCCAUUCAAACGAGCCUGGAAGUUCUAAUGCAGAACAUGCACAGGGGGCCCUUUCUCUCGCAACUGAGAUGAGUAUAAAUGCGUUUGAAAAGACGAAACCAGUUGCACUGGAUGAGCCUUUUGCAGAGGAACCCCAAAAUAAAUGGCUGGCUACUGAAACUACUGUAAAGGACAUUCAAAGUGACUUGAACCCUGAGAGUGAGCUGCCUCAGAUGGAUGCAGCUGUGCUGCAUGAAGAUGUAGAUGACCAACCAAUAAUUCGCUCAAAACUGGAGUUUUCCAAAAAAGCAGAUGGGUCACAGACACUGAGUUAUGAGGAAGAAGUGAAGCACCCAGAUAGAAAAGGCACUCUUAGACGCGUGUGGGAUGAGAAGAGAAAACGGGACUCUGGAGCAAAGAGGCUACACUCAACUUUCCUGAAUCUAUUGAGCUGUCCGCACUGA